UAAACGGGUUAUUACAAGCCCUGCCGAUGGAAGGAAGGAAAGAAAGGGUUAUGACAGAAGUUGCACAUUUUCCCACUCUUUCGUUUUUUCAUCGAAAAAUUCAGGAAAAUCAGAGAAAAUAGGAUUCGCUUUUCUCAGAGAAAGAGAUCCAUCCCGACCCCUCAUGACUUCAGAUUAUGCGUUGAAAAUUGUUGCAGAGCUCGAGUCGGCUUCACGGUUGAGGACCGCACAAUUCUUAAUUACACAGAGGCCAUGGCUUGAUCUCUAUGGAGUUAAUAUCAGGCCUGUUGCUCCAUUUGGGAGUGCAAGUAGUAAACCAUUUGUUGAUACAGCUCUACUACACCGGUCCUUGCCCGAUGAGCUACUUUUUGAGAUCUUCGUGAGAAUGACUCCAUAUACCAUGGGAAGGGCAGCUUGUGUUUGUCGGAAAUGGAGAUAUACAAUUCGUAAUCCCGUGUUCUGGCGCAAUGCAUGCCUAAAGGCUUGGCAGCUCUCUGGGGUGGUGGAAAAUUAUAAAAUCUUGCAGUCAAAAUUUGAUGGUUCAUGGAGGAAAAUGUGGCUUUCAAGACCGAGGGUCCGCACUGAUGGUCUUUAUGUCAGUAGGAACACCUACAUUCGUGCCGGAGUUGCAGAGUGGAAGAUUACCAAUCCAGUUCAUGUGGUCUGCUACUUCAGAUACAUGAGAUUUUAUCCUGCUGGCAGGUUUCUUUACAAGAAUUCAUCACAAAAAAUAAAGGAUGUGACGAAAUCCAUGAACUUUCGGGCAGCUAAAGUAGACUGUGUUAAUAGUGGCCAUUAUACGUUGACUGAUGACAAGGUUGAAGCUGCUUUCUUGUAUCCUGGCUUGCGUCCUACUGCAUGGAGAAUCCGCUUAAGGUUGAGGGGAACAACAGCAGGGGCUAACAAUCGGAUGGAUCUACUUUCACUUGUUACAAGUGGUGUGGAUGAUAGUGAGGUUAACAGCCCUGAUGAGGACAUUCUUGGUGUUGUUGAAGGCUGGCAGGAGGACGAGACACACAACCCAGACGUGCCAGCUGUUUCACAUAGGAGGGGUCUGACACCUUUUGUUUUUGUACCAUUUGAAGAGGCGGAAACAUCAGUUCUGAAUCUGCCUGUAGAGAGGAUGGAUUACUUCGUACCUGGGUGAUAUGGGGGACAAACACAGGAUGCUUGAUUUGUGAAAAUGUAAAUAAAUCAUUUCCAGCACUGUCAUAUGGUGGUCUGUAAUUUUCCCCGGACUGACGUUUUUACCUAGUGGUUUAAUAUGCACUUGGAUGCCAAGUUCUUGCCGAGGAACAUAACUUGUGUGUUCUAUAUUGCUUUUGUUUCUGGCCUUUUCCUUGUGUAAUAUAUCUCAUGCUUGUAGUCAAAUGACAAAAGUGUUGUCAGGUAAUGCAGUUGUAACUAUAUUAAUUGUGUAUAA